AUGGCUAAAACUUUAACUACACAUAUUCUUGAUUUAUCAUGUGGUCGACCGGCUGCUAAUGUACCAGUUCGAGUUGAAAAUUUUAUAAAUGGAGAAUGGAUAUUAAUGCCAACAACAGCAACAAAAACUAAUGAUGAUGGUCGUGCAUUUGAUUUAGUUCCCAUAGAGAAAUGGCAACCAGGUCGAUGGCGUCUUAUAUUUGAUAUAGAUUCUUAUAUGCCUGAUGGAUUUUUUCCUUCUGUUACUAUUGAAUUUUGUACUAAAGAUACAGCUCAUUAUCAUGUACCACUUUUACUUAAUAAAUUUGGUUAUAGUACCUACCGUGGAUCAUAA